AUGUCCUCACAACCUUCCGCAAAACAAGAGUCGGGCGAAGCUCCUCCGGGGACAAUCGACCUCGCGACCCUCUCCGCCCCGCAACUCCGCUCCCUCCAAUCUCGUCUCAGCUCAGAGCUAGAACACCUCACAAGUUCGCACACAAAGCUACGAAACGCACAGUUGAAGUUCCGCGAUUGUAUCCGCUCGAUAAAUGACGGAGUAGCAGGUCCUAGCGGCGCGGGCGCCAGCGGGGACAAUAAAAGCGGUGGUACCGCGGGGAAGAGUGAUGAGAUUCUGGUUCCGUUGACGAACUCGCUGUAUGUCAAGGGGACAUUAGCGGAUAGGAAAAAUGUGAUUGUAGAUGUCGGGACGGGGUUUUAUGUCGAGAAGACGACAUCAAAGGCAAUUGCAUUUUACAAUGCCAAGGUCGAGGAGCUAGGUACGAACCUACGAGAGUUGGAAAAGGUCGUUCAAGGGAAGAGCCAAAAUCUACGAGUUAUCGAGGACGUCCUCCGUCAGAAACUCCUUAGUGAAGCCACAGCAGGGCCCUCUGGCGUAGGAAGCGGUGGUGAUGCGUAA